ACAGAAUGGAUCCAAUUGACGUAGAGGAUUUGUACAUUUUUCAACAAAAAUCCGUGACACAGACAAGUCGUAUCCAAGAUCACAAAAUGGCGGCCGCAGCCCAGCAGUCAUUGACGCUGCAAGUUAUACACGGCCCCAAAAAAUAUGAUGUGAAGUUACAUUUGCCGGAAAAUGAGGCUGGUGAUCCACUGUGUGUCAGACAUCUUACUGAUGCUGUUUACAGUCUUACUGAAAUCCCAGCAGAGGCUCAAAAGCUGAUAUAUAAAGGAAAAUCUCUCAAAAACCCAAAAGAAGAUCUUGUUGCACUUGGUUUGAAAGCUGGAGCAAAAGUGAUGUUAAUUGGGAAAAAGCCGACUCCACAGGAUGAUGAGGAAACACGUGCAAUGAAUGAAGUGGAAAGUAACAUGGAAAAACAGGAGAAGAAGCUCAGUGAUAUCACCUAUGAACUUGAUGGCAUUCACAGAGGCUACCUGAACAAAGAGCAGCAGGCAGAUUCUAUCAAACAUCUGGAGAAGCGAUUAGCUGGGGUAGCAGAAACUUUAAUGAGAUUAUUGGAGAAGCUAGAUGCACUCAGCUUCGAAGAAGCAAAUAAAGGAGCCAGGGGUAAAAGGAAAUCUCUUGUUAACAAAAUACAGGUGCUGCUUACAAGAAUUGAUGGACUUAGCCGAGGAUUGCAGGAUGAUUCUAAAACAUCUAUAGAGAAUACAUAAUGUAUAGAUGUAUGCCAUACAUCUGGGUGACACAGACUUGUAGAAAACAAGACAUCCACAGAGAAUACAUUAUGUAUAGAUUUAAGCUUCAAAUGUCUGGGUUACACAGACUUGCAGACGACAAAACAUCCAGAGAAUACAUUAUGUAUAGAUUUAUGCUUCAAACGUCAGGGUGACACAGACUUGCAGACAACAAAACAUCCAGAGAAUACAUAAUGUAUAGAUUUAUGCUUCAAACGUCUGGUGACACCGACUUGCAGAUGACAAAACAUCCAGAGAAUACAUAAUGUAUAUAUUUAUGGUUCAAACGUCUGGGUGACACAGACUUGCAGACGACAAAACUUGCAUGGAGAUACCUGUGGUGCUGGUUUAAAUGGUGCCAAAGCUUAUCUCAUAUCAGAAACCUCUAGACAGAAGACAUUUUAUGACAGUUUACUUUUAAGCUCGCCUGAGCACAAAGUGCUCGGGGGCGAGUUAUUGUGAUCGCUCACCAUCCUGCAUCCGGCCACAUUUCCCUUUAAACAAUAUCUAAAACCACAAGGGCAAUUUUGAUGAAACUUCACAGAGAUGUCCCUUGAAUGAUCUUUAAAAAUUGCUUAAAAAAUUGAAUUCUAUUUAGAACUCUGGUUGCCAUAGCAACCAAAAGUAAAAAACUUUAAAAAAUAUUAUAUAGACUUACAGUCGAACUUCGAUGGCUCGAACUCGAGGGUCCAGUGGAAAUUAGUUCGAGUUUUUCGUUGUUCGAGCCAUCCAAAUGGCGGCCAUUUUGAAUUCGGGAAUUCGAGGGCAUGAUAUGUUACAAAUUUUACGUCGUAAUAUAUUGCCAUAUUGUACCUAAAUGUGUGUAUGAUAUGAUAAUAAAUAAAAAACAAACGCUGCAAUAUGCUUUAUUAUUUAUUUACAAACAUGACAUAGAUACGAAAAUAAAACACAGAUAAAACACUAAUACAAUUAUAAGAAUUUGGUGAAGACAGCAUCAAAUAAGAAAGACAUGAAUAGCAAACAUUUAUGAAUCAUAGUUCAGUACAAAUAUUAUCAAAUAUAUUGCUUUCCAGUAGCCGACUUAGCUAUCCGCCCGUUUCCAGGUCCUUUACUAAGUUGUUCAGACAUGCUAAAGCAGUAUAAAAGUGGACAUCGAAUCUCCCGAUUUUAUACAGAAAAAAAAGACAGACUUUGCUCAAUUAUUUUAGAUAAUUUUAAUCGUAUAAAACAAAGCCCAUUAAAGCAUUGUAAUGAACGAAAGUCACUUUGUUUAAUUUGUUUGUCGUAUAACGACGCUAAUUACAUAAGCGUGUGAAAAUUACGCCGGGAAGGGGAAGCUUGGCGAAUGUCAGGCAAAGGUGUGAAAAACUUUGUAAACACAAGCCAUUCCGGCGACAAAUUGUCCGUUCGACAGAAUAGGUGUAAUUAUCACUGUAAUUAAGCCAAGGGGACCACCAAAUGUGUUCGAGAGUUCGAAUUUUCGAAGUUCGAGCGAUCCGAGGUAGAACUAUAUAGAAUAAAGAAGGAAUAAAUUCGGGACCGGGCAAAGAGUUCGAGCGAUCCCGGGUGUUCGAAAGAUCCGAGUUCGAGCCAUCGAAGUUCAACUGUAUAUAGGAAAAACUUUAAAAAAUCUUCUUGUCUAAAACAACAAGACCUAGGGCUUUGAUAGUUGGUACGUAGCAUCAUCUAGUGGUCCUCUACCAAGAGUGUUCAAAUUACCCCCUAGGGUCAAAUAUUGCCCUAUCUUCAAGUACAAAAAAAAGGGGGGGGGGGGGGGGGAUAGGGAUUUGAUAUUUGGUAUGUAUUAUCUAGGGAUGGCAACAAAUAUUCAAAUAUUCAUUCAUUACACGAAUCUUUGAAUACUGUUUCACUAUUCUUAGCUCUAGCUGUCCCCAUGUGCAACCAAGCGGAACCAUUUGAACAACUUUGGUAGAGGACCAUCCAAGGAACAUCCAUGCCAAGUUUCAUCAAAAUCCAUUCAAUGGUUAUGGAGGAGAUGUCUUUUAAACACAAUUGUUCACGACGGACGGAUGACGGAUACAGUGUGAUCACAAUAGCUCACCAUGAGCAUUGUACAGAUUCAUCCACCUCGAUAGCACGCUUUGAGUGUCGGAGGUCGUGGAUUCAAUCCCUGGUUGCGUCAUAGCCAAGUUGUGAAAAAUGGUAUUAUUAGCUUUAAGAGGAUAGUGCUAGGAAUGGACAUACCAUGUCACGUGUCUACGGCGUGAUAUUCCAGUGGGGCAGCACUAUAAAGUUGGGCAUUGUGCUCACUGCUACAAGUACUGGGAGACAAUCAAAAUCCCCUUGAUCAAAAUCCCCUCCACUGAAAAAUGACAGGGUGUUACAAAAUCCCCUUCAUACUUUUGCAGGGGGUAUCAUAAUCCCCUCUGUGAUUUUUACUUAUUUCAUCAAGUUCAAAUACAACUAUACACAGUUUAAAAGUCUAUUACAUAAAGCACGUAUAUACAAUGCCUUUAGCAAACAUAAUUUAAUUUGGGGCACUGAUAUCUAUAUAUCUAUAAUGAAAAUCACAGAGGGGAUUAUGAUACCCCCUGCAAAAGUAUGAAGGGGAUUUUGUAACUCCCAGUCAUUUUUCAGUGGAGGGGAUUUUGACAUACACUCGUAGACACCAUCGUUUAUAUAACUGAAAAAUUGUUGAAAAAGACAUUAACCCAAACACACACAAAAAAACAACAUGGCCGCCAGGAGGUGUGUCUCUUUUUCCAAUAUGUAUAUAGUGAAAGCUUUAAAAUUCUUCUUGUAUGAAACAGCUGUUCCUUUUUUGAAAUAAGUUCACACAAAUGGUCCUUGUGUGAUCAUCUAUCAAGAUUGUUCAAGUUAUUCUGGUUCCUCAAAAAACAUGGCCACCAGAGGGCAUGGUUUAUUUUCCCUAUAUGUAUAUAGUGGAAACUUAAAAAAAAAAAUCUCCCCUUAUUUAUGUUUUGGAAACUAAGAAUCUUCGUAUUUGGUAUUGUCAUAUCACAUCAUUUCCCAAAUGUCUUGACCACCCCCCACUUCACCCCCCACCCACAACAAAAAAACAACACAAAUACAUAACCUGCCUGUAUUUAUUAGCUCACCUGAGCACAAACUGCUCAGGGUGAGGUAUUGUGAUCGCUCACCAUCCGGCGUCCGUCCGUCCGUCCGUCCACACUUUCCUUUAAACAACAUCUCCUAAACCAACAGGCCAAUUUUGAUGAAACUUCACAGGGAUGUUCCUUGGAUGGCCCCCUUUCAAAAUUGUUCAAAGAAUUGAAUUCCAUGCAGAACUCUGGUUGCCAUGGCAACCGAAAGGAAAAACUUUAAAAAUCUUCUUCUCAAAAACCAGAAGCCCUAGAGCUUAGAUAUUUGGUGUGAAGCAUUGCCUAGUGGACCUCUACCAAGUUUGUUCAAAUCAUGACCCUGGGGUCAAAAUUGACCCGCCCCAGGGGUCACUUGAUUUUACAUAAGAAAAUCUUAAAAAAUCUUCUUCUCAAAAACCAGAAGCCUUAGAGCUUAGAUAUUUGACAUGUAGCAUUGCCUAGUGGACCUCUACUAAAAUUUUCAAAUCAUGACCCAGGGGUCAAAAUUGACCCCGCCCCAGGGGUCACUUGAUUUUACAUAGGAAAAUCUUCAAAAAAUUUCUAAAAAUAAACCAGAAGGCCUAGAGCUUAGAUAUUUCACAUGUAGCAUUGCCUAGUGGACCUUUACAAAAUUUGUUCAAAUCAUGGCCCCCGGGGUCAAAAUUGACCCCUCCCCAGGGGUCACUUGAUUUUACAUAGGAAAAUAUUUAAAAAAUCUUCUUCUCAAAAACCAGAAGUCCUAGAGCUUAGAUAUUUGACAUGUAGCAUUGCCUAGUGGACCUUUACUAAAGUUGUUCAAAUUAUGACCCGGGGGUCAAAAUUGACCCCGCCCUAGGGUCACUUGACUUUACAUAGGAAAAUCUUCAAAAGUUUUCUAAAAAUAAACCAGAAGGCCUAGAGCUUAGAUAUUUCACAUGUAGCAUUACCUAGUGGACCUCUACAAAAUUUGUUCAUAUCAUGACCCCCUGGGUCAAAAUUGACCCCGCCCCAGGGGUCACUUGAUUUUACAUAGGAAAAUCUUCAAAAAAUUUCUAAAAAUAAACUAGAAGGCCUAGAGAUUAGAUAUUUGACAUGUGGCAUUGCCUAGUGGACCUCUACAAAAUUUGUUCAAACCUUGUCCCCCGGGGUCAAAAUUGACUCCGCCCUAGGGGUCACUUGAUUUUACAUAGGAAAAUCUUUAAAAAAAAUUCUAAAAAUAAACCAGAAGGCCUAGAUCUUAGAUAUUUGACAUGUCGCAUUGCCUAUUAGACUUUUACAAAGUUUAUUCAAAUCAUGACCCCUGGGGUCAAAUUGACCCUGCCCCAUGGGGUUACUUGAUUGUACAUAGAAAAAUCUUCAAAAUUUUCUAAAAAUAAACCAGAAGAGCUUAGAUAUUUGACAUGUAGCAUUGCCUAGUGGACCUCUACAAAAAGUUUUCAAAACUUGUUUUUAAAGUUACUUAAAGAAAAUUUCAACUAUAUUUUCUCAUAAUUCUUUUGACUGAUUUCUAUUUUGAUCUUUUGACCUUGAAGACUUGUCCUUAAGUGCAAUGAUAACAGGUGAGCGAUAUAGGGCCAUCAUGGCCCUCUUGUUUAGUUAUUUAGUAGAAACUUGCAACUGUUCAAGCAAGCAAUUAAACACAGGUGAACGAUAUAGGGCCACUAUGGCCCUCUUGUUAUGUUGUUAAAGAAAUAUUGGGAUAAGUUAGAAAAGUAUGUUGUGUUUACUUUUCUAAAACACGUGAGAGUUGAAAUAUAAACUGAAAUAAAAUGCAAAAAUACU